GUCCAGCCCAUCAGCCGUAGUUUUCCCCUCGGUCGGAUCGUCCAGGAUUCGGGAACCGCUGUGGGAAGGACAGCUGCAUCUUCUAACAACUUUACAAUGUCUGCAUGUUGUGGCUGUUGCUUUUACAAAAAAACAUAAACAUGUUCUUACUGACAGAGCUGUGAUUACGAGAGAACAACAAGGCUGAUUGUAUUUUUUGGAAGCUCAGAAUACAGCACUGACUAUGCGCAGACAAUCUAAACAAAUUAUAAACACCGUUGCUGACGUCAAAGAAAAUAUGGAAGGAAUUAUUGAAGAAGAUAGAGAGAUUUCUUCUAUGCCUGUUUCAAAAGACAAGAUUGUCAGAGUGGAUGAAUCAAAAAGCACAAAGGUUUCAGAAAUGGAAAAUUUAAAUGGCAGGAGCCCCACAAAUGUGCAGAAACCCAGAGUGAAAUGCAAUAAAUAUGUGGGGAGAAAAUCCUAUCAGAAUAGUAAGGAUGAUAGUAAACUGACAGUUAAUGAAAGCCUUUCUGUUAAACAAACAGGAAACUUCCUUGAAACUUCCUUGUCCUUUUUGACAUUAGACAAACUGCAAAGUCCUUUUUCAGAAGGCAGACCUACAUUUUUGGGUGCUGCAAGCUAUCUGACACCAAACAAAAGUGAAGCAGAUGUAAAACCUAAUUGUGGAACAUCGGAGAAACUAAUGAAGAAACCUAUUGAUUUUGCUAGUGUAACAAUAGCUGAAUUUGGGAUUACUCCAGAGUCUUUUACUGCUAAGCCAUCUGUAGGGAAAUGCAUGGCUUUAAAACUUAGGCGCAGAUCUACAAUUGGAGUACGGGGUUCCCCUGAAAAUAAUAGCCUUAUUCGAUACCUUGCCCAACAAAGGAGGAACAGAACCGAAGACCCUUUCACAAAGCAGGCCAGCCCUUUUAAACAUCAAAAUGUUGGCUCGUUAAAGGAUAAAAUAUCUGCCUUCCAAUCAUCUUUUCAAUCAGCGCAAGAGGACGAAGAGAGGGCUUGCUUUCCUGGGCUCUCGCAGGAGGAGAGAGUGUCCCAGGCAGCAGGUUAUUCUCAGAACAAAUCACCUUUUACAAAACAGCAUGAACAGUUGCAGUUGAGUGAAGAGUUAGCAUCUGAACGCAAGAGAGUUGCGUAUAGGGAAAACUGGAAAGAAAAAUUAACUAAUGGUGAUAAAACUCCAGCCAGUAUCCAGGUAUGCAAGAUUGUUUCUCCAUCAGAGGAGGUGCCCAUCACUGAAACUACUACUGCUACAAUUUCAAAGGAAAUUCCCUGUACGCCACCAAUUACUGAAUCUGGAAGCUUAUCUUUAGAGAUUAUUCCACUAACGGGCAUCCCAAAGACACCACGCAAUAUUACUUCUGAGUGCAUCAGUGAGGAAGUUGGAGGUAAUACUGGAUCGCAGCUAAGCAGAAAGAAAGUUACCUUUGCAGAAGAACUGAGCUUGGAGAUAUUUGAUGAAACCAUGCCACCUGUUACGCCACCGCAAAAGGGAAACCUUCCAUCCAGUGAACAAUCACAGAACGGCUCCUCCUGCCUUCGAUCUGUUCUGAAGAAAACACCAGUAAAACUACUGAUGGAAAACGUGAAGGAACUCGUAAGCAAUACUACUGGCAUGGAAGGAAAUGAACCUCUUUUAUUCUCUGAUCUCUCAAGAAGUUGUGAAGAACUGCAAACAGAUAGAAGCAAUACUAAAACAAUAGACACAACAGAUGAGUACAGCUCUGAAAAGCCAAUGAAGAGAAAGAAGGUUACUUUUGGAGAGGAGCUAAGCCCAGAAGUAUUUGAUAAAACCUUGCCUGCAAAUACACCAUUGCAUAAAGGAGCGACCCCAAUCAGUAACCCAGGCUCACAAAGCGAUAACCCUUCCACAGUAAUAAGUCCUAUGAGAGAACCUUUAUCCCAGCCAAAUUUUGAUGACUGUGAUGGUGAUGAAUAUGUUAAGCCUCUUCAAGAGUCGGUAGCAGUCCCUGAGAAUAGGAAAGUGUAUUUAACAGAAAUGAAUUCCUUUGAAAACAAAAACUCUUGUGCCAGAAUAACCCGGUCCUCUACUAAAAGAAAGUAUAUCAACAUUUCAGAAGAGACUGGUGUUACCAUCUCGACAGAUAUAACGGCCAAAAAUGCUCAAGAUAUUAAAAAUCUAAGAAAGAGCAAGGUUCAAAGAGGAAAGGAAAACAAAUCUGCCCCCAAAAGGAUAUCCAAGGUAAAACUUAGAGGUUAUGGAGGAAAAAGAGGAAAGAAAAAGGUAGAAAAAUCCUUGUAUGGUCAGAGAGAAGUAGCUUCCAAGAAACCUCUUUUGAGCCCAAUUCCUGAGAUCCCAGAGGUCUUCUCUUCUGCACCAUCUUCUCCAAACUCACCUAAGACACACAUUCUGCUCUUCUCAGAUUAUUCCAAAUCCAGCAAUGUACACAUAGGAUCUAUGAAUGAAGUCGCUGAACAGAAAAAAGUGGUUGGAAGAAUCAAAAGGAAAGUGCCUAUAACAAACAAACGUCCAAACACUAAAGAACUUGACAUUGUAGAAGCCAGCAGCACCAGUGGCAUUGAGUGUCAGUCAUCAGACAGUGGCCCUGAUCCUGCUUCAACCAUUAAUAUUGAGGUGCUUAAUAUACAGGAAAACAUUCAAACAGAAAAUGAGCUGGGAUCAUCCUUAAUGUCACUAGAACAGAAAGAGAGUGAUGUUUGUGUGAAUAAUCAGACCAGUGAAGAAGACCGCAAUAAGACCAGCUGUCAGCAGUCUGAGCCCAGUCUUAUGAGAGAACACACUUCACCUAUCAUUGUAAAAUCAAAUUCUCUUUUGCCACUACUAAACGCUAUUAUGCAAGAAAUUAAGAGCACUUUCCCACUUGAUACAUCUGACAACAAAGAACAUGAAAAAGUGAGAGAUGUCUUAAUAGAAAAUGAAUGUGUACUGGAAAGUGAUCAUCCUUCAGGUAACUCAGAGAUGCUAAAUGAGCUAGAGUUCUUAAACCUGCACGACAUCGGUGUAAGUGAAAAUGCUCAAACUGGAUGUUCUGUUACAGACUUUGCAAGAGAACGAACAGCUGACAGUGAUGCUAGUCUUAAAAGGUUCAAAAGGCCUUCAAGAAAAGGCAGAAGCACUAUGUACCUUUCUGAACUUGAGAAUCUCCAUUUUGAAGCAUUUGGAAACAAUCUCUCUAGUUCUUAUUCUAAUGAGCAAGAACCCCGAAUAGAAAAUGACUCAGAAAUGUUUAGUGAUCUACAUUACUCUAUAGAACAGUCCUUCUUGAAGGCGAAUGAGGAUCAUGAAAAAAAGGUAAGACGGAGUAUGAGGCUGCAUAAAAAUGCAGAAAAUGAGGGACUUGCGUGGAUUAAAAUACCUACUGAGAUUCACAAGAACUCUGUGUCAGAUUCUGCUUGCAAAUCGAGGAGGACGAUGUCUGCAUCCAUCUUUAAAGAAUCUGAGAACAUUCAUCAAAGACAAGAAAAUUGGAUCCAAUUUUCAGCUUUGGGGAAAGAGAACAAUGAAUGUGUUCCUGUUGCAGGGGGUUCUUGCAAAACACGCAGGAGGAGCAUGUGUGCAUCCGCUUCCCAGGAAACCAAAAAUAUAACUCAAACACGGAAAAAGAGAAGGGCAAGCCUUGUGUACAAUAAUAAAAAUUACCAAAAGGAGUCUGAAGUGGAAGUAUCCUUUGAGAACCAUCCUAAUGCCUAGGCAGAUUGGGCCAUCCAUUUUUUUUUUUCUUUUUUUUUUUUUUUUUAAGGUCAGUAUUUGAAUGUAGAUUUUCUUUGGCUUCAAUUCAGUUAUCUGUAUUUAAGUUUCACUUAAGUAAUGCCCUAUUUCUAUUUCUCUGGUCACAGACAUUUGUAUAAGUAUUCAGUUUAUUUGUUCGUUUGCCAAGUAACCUAAAUUGUCCUUUAGCUUGAGUUUCAAAAUGCUUGGCGAAACAACUAAAGAAAAGCUAGCUCAGCAUUGAGAGUACAGGUGUAUUAGUCAGCAAUGAUGGGCAAACAAGGGUGAAGUUUUAAUCUCUUGAUGCUAGGAAUCAGCACUUCCUAUUUCUAGCAGAAAUGGUACUGAUCGCAAAGCAAAAUGAUGAAAUAUUUCUUAUAAGAAUACUGGGAGCUACAAGGAUUGAUUCAUUGAAGCAGUAGUAAAAGCUGUAACAAAAGUAACUAUCAAGAGAAUAAAUACACACUUAGAUUAUUUAUUGGAAAUAUAAGGUGUUUCAGUCAGUUGAGGCAGAAGAACACACACGCCUCCUUCCUGUGGAAAGGAUAGCCGUAGAAACUACUGAAUUGUAUCCCAAGAUACAUUUUGUUCCGUUGCUGUGACAUUUACAGCCAAAGGAGAAUAGUGUUUAUAGAAUAGUCUGCUUGUCUUAGGCACAAGACUUCUUUAAGAAGCAAGACCCAGUUGCUUGCUCACAUUCUUUAGGAUUCUUUAUAUUUAGAUCUUUUCAUAUUUAGACCCACUUGGGGGGAAAAAAAAUUACUCUAACUAAAAUACAUACUGUACUAUGGAAGUCCAGGGUUUCAAAUGUUCUGUUGCCUUGAUUUUUUUGAGGCAGGAAUUAUGGUUGAUUACACUUAGCCUUGUGGAAAGCACAUAGCAGUAUGUGUUUGCCCUUGAAACUUUGGAGUGGUUACUGGAUAAGAUACAGUUUAUAGGCAGACUCCAUAUGCAUAUCCAGCUCACUGUGGUACAAUCAGUAAGUGAAGUCUCUCAUUCCUUCACUUGCAUAGAGAAAUGCCAGCAACCACACACGUGGCUCUCACCUGUUGUGGGAAAAGAGAACCAAAGCUUAUGGAUCAAAAAAAGCAAUCUUGACAAACUGUUUAGGGGGGGUGGGAAAUAAUUCAUUCUUGAUGGUGUUGGGUCUUCUUGACAGAGCAUGAGUCAAACCCUAAUUCCAUUGUAUUUUGAAGCCUACCGUCAGUCUGUAAACACUGAGUUUGUCUUUACUAGUUGAGCUAUGAUGGCUUCAGGAAUACCCUUCCAGCUGUAAUUGUUUGAAGGACUGAUAUUUCCUAUCUGCUGAAUCCUGCUUUUAUAAAAAAUUACUUUUGAAAUCCAUGUAACUUUUUUUCCAGAUUUCAAAAACAAGCUAACAAAUAGAGAUCCUCUACAACUAACAUAACAGUGAAGAAAGCACCUGCUGGGGUGCAGACUUUUCCCAUGUUCUGCAGAGACUUUGCUUUACCAUCUUGGCACCAGCAAGUCUGGAGCUCCCAUUGCUAUGGACUUGUGUACUUUUUCAUUCGCAACUAAUUAAGAAAUCCCAAUUUCUGCAGAAGGAUUGAUUGUUAAGCGUGUUUAAUCUUUACUGUAUACAACACUUCCUGUUUUAAUGUUUAAAGUUAAACUGCCUAGAAAAGAAUAUGAACAUGUCCAGAAAAUGAAGUACAGUACUGCAUUAUGGAUGUUUUAAAUAUUCAGUGUAUAUGUACCCAAUACAGUACUCAGUAGUUGACCUGCCAUCUUCCUGUUUGCUUAUUUCUAGUUUGAGCUAUAGAAUAUAAAAUGUUGAAUAUGGUCUACUUAACACAAUCAGUAUUGUUUUCAUGUUUCAUGCUGUACUACUUCAACUGUGAGGUGAAAUAUGCCAGCUGUAAAACAGUUUCUUAAUAUUGAAAAAUCAUCUCUGUUGUAAACCUGUUUGACCACUUUGAGCUGGAAUAAAAUUUCUUAUGUA